AUAACGACCUUUGCCCUUUAGCGGUUUAGGGCGGGAGAACUGAACCAAGAAAUUCGAAAGAAGAUGACUUCCUUCAGGGCCAAGCAAAGCAGAGAAGGGACAGUUCCAGAGUUGCUAAAUGAACUCUGUUCCUUGUAUGCAGGGAAGAAUGGAGACAAGUUAAACAGACUGUAUGCACUGACGUCAUCUGUACUUAGGAGCAAUUCAAUACCUUGUGUACUGCCCGACGCCCUCAGGCUGACGGAAACUAUCCAAAAAUCUAUGUCGAGACAGGCCAGAGAGGGUGACGCUCUUCUCUUUGUGGAGCUCAACGGGAAGCUAUCCAAUCAGAGGAUCAUCCAGAGGCCGGCCGCUCUCCUUACAUUCCUCCAGACACUCAUGGCCGACUCUGGCUUUGGGCUCAGGGAUUAUAGUCUACCCAAUGAGGUCCCGUUGCUGACAGCCUCCCAGAGCCACCUCCUCCCCAUGCCCAGUGACUCAGUGACAUUGGUGGGCUCCAGUGGAAUUGGCAGCAUGGCCAGCGGAGAGCUCUCCUCACUGCACUCUCAUAGCAGACACACCCAGUCAAAUCAUGACCUGUUUGGAGGCACCCCUCACCCUCAGUCGUCCUCCACACCCUUCACAGUCCCUCACAUAAUGGGCAGGCCAAGAGAGGCCUGGUCUGCUACUCCCCUGGAUCGAUACUCUGUCACUAGGCCAGUGGGAUCUGAUCAGGACGUUCAACUGUCAGAGAGUGUGCUGGUGAGGGAUCUAAUCUUUGUCUUCCAGAAUAUCGAAGGAGAGCACAUCCACUAUGACAGCAAAGAGGAUGCCUUUAGACUGGAUAAGAAAGUGUGUGUUUCCCCUUCUGUCCGAGAGCUGACUCACAAGCUGGCUGAGCUGGGCUGGUUGCACAGGAAAAUCAAGCAGUUCAUUGACUCCAAGCUCAGAGACAAGACACAGGGAUUAGUGUGUCAGAGUUUCUGCUCGGCACUGGCAUUAGAGCUGACUGAGUACUACCGCCUAAUAGCAGUGCUGGAGGCCCAACAGAGGACAGGUUCACAGGCCCUCACUCUGAGGAGGUUACUGGUGUGGACCUAUGACCCCAUGGACAGACUAAAGUGGCUCGCUGUACUAGUGGAUGGCUGUAAAAGACUGAAGGGAGGAGCUCUGAUCUCCGCUCUCUAUGCAUACUCUCAACAUGGAGAUGUCAACGUCAACACAUUGAUAAAACAUUUGCUCAAUCAGGUUUACCAGCCCAUCAACUCCAUCCUGAACAGCUGGAUAUUCGAUGGGGAGCUCAUGGACAAGUCUCUGGAGUUUUUCAUCUCCUGUGAUGACUCCUCCAAGCUGGAGAAACUCUGGAGGUCCAAGUACAACUUGAGACAAAGCAUGCUCCCUUCAUUCAUCAGCAAGGAACUAGCACAAAAGAUACUAAUCAUUGGCAAGUCUAUAAAUUUUCUUCGGCAAAGCUGUGAAGACCACACCCAGCUGGGAGCAGCCUCUCUAAGAAACUGGUACCUGGACGAACAAGGGCGAUGUUCAUUUGACUCUAUGACUGGACCUGGGCUACAGGCAGUGGUGAACUCGGCCUACAAGGAGACCAGCAAAUACCUCCUCAAAACAUUGCACAACAGCUACAAUUUCAUGGAGCAUCUCAAGGCAUUGAGGAGAUACUUACUGCUUGGACAAGGAGACUUUAUAAGGCACCUCAUGGACCUUCUAACUCCAGAACUCCUCAAGCCGGCCUCCUCUCUCUACCUUCACAACCUGACUGGCACUCUAGAGACAGCUGUAAGGGCCACCAACGCUCAGUUUGAGACGACAGACAUCUUAAACCGACUAGACGUGAGAAUGCUGGAUCUGAGCCCUGGGGAUCAAGGCUGGGACGUCUUCAGUCUACACUACCAUGUCACUGGCCCGAUCAGCACUGUUUUCACGGCUGAUGCCAUGCUAAAGUAUCUGAGGAUGUUCAACUUUUUAUGGCGUGGCAAGAGGAUGGAGUACUGCCUUGCCAAUAUGUGGAGGAACCAGACAUCCAACCACAGGACACUAUCCACCAUCAAAGAGCUCCGCUCUGUGUUGCAUCAGUUUAACCUUCUAUUGUCUGCUAUGGUCCACUUCAUAUCUCAGCUACAGUACUACAUCACAUUUGAGGUGAUGGAGUGUUGUUGGGCUGCACUGGUAAAGAGGGUGGAGGCAGCAGUAGAUCUGGACCAGGUCAUUGAUGCUCAUAACCAGUUUCUGGAAAAGGUCACCACACAAUGUCUUUUGGAUACACAAUCACAGCCCAUUCAGACGAGGGUGCGUGCAAUCUUUGAUGUGAUAGUGAACUUACAACAGAAGCAGGAUGCCAUGUACACUGUGUGUUUGGAGGAGGUAAAUAGGAGAGCUCUCAGGCGACAACAGAUGGAGAAAAGAACAGAAGGGGGUCAGUGGGGGACUGUGGAGAGUGAGGAAAGAGUGGAGGUGGAGAGACAGAGAGUAUUUGUGGAGGAGAAGGUCUCUUCAUUCAGAGCUGAAAUAUCAGUCUACAGGGAAACUUUUAAGGAUUUGAUAAAGGAGUUCUUGGGCAAGUUGACCUCUCACCCUGAACAGAGCCUGCAGUUCCUGUGCUUCAGACUGGACUUUAAUGAGUAUUACAGCUCACUGGCUAAUGAUCUAUAGCAGUCUGUUUGUAAUUAAAUUUUAUCUUCAUUUAUUACCACUGUCUUGCUGAUAAAUGAAUUACUAAACAACAAA